AUGUCAGAGGUCGGAAAGUUGCCUGAUAAGAUUCCUCUUUUCAGAGGACACACGGCAGCUGUUUUGGACACUGAUUGGAACCCUUUUGACGAGACAAUGGUGGCAUCUGCGAGUGAUGACGGCAAAAUCGGUAUCUGGAAGGUUCCUGAGGGAUUCACUUUAAGGCCCGUGGGUGAAGAUGUCGAUGAUAUCAAGGACGUCGAGCCUGUUAAGUUCUUGACUGGCCAUUCCAAGAAAGUGGGUCAUAUCCAAUUCCAUCCUGUAGCCGAGAAUAUCCUUGCAAGUUCGUCUGGUGAUUAUACAGUCAGGAUUUGGGACAUUGAACAAGGCAAGGCUCUUUAUACUCUGCCCCAUAAGGAUUUGAUCACGUCGUUUGCAUUCAAUCACGACGGUUCAUUGCUGGCUACGGCCAGUAGAGACAAGAAACUGCGUGUUUGGGACAUUCGUCAGGAAAAGAUCAUUAGUGAAGGUGCUGGUCAUGCUGGUGCCAAGGCAAGUAGAGUUGUUUGGUUAGGUGAUUCCGACCGUUUGGCUACUACUGGUUUCAGCAGAAUGAGUGACCGUCAAUUGGGUGUUUGGAAUGCUACUGAUCUGGCCAGUGGACCUAUUGGCAGCUUUAUUGUUUUAGACUCUUCAGCUGGUAUUUGCAUGCCCUUUUAUGAUGAAGGUACUAAAUGUUUGUACUUGGCUGGUAAGGGUGAUGGUAACAUUCGUUACUUUGAGUUUGUUAAUGACGAGUUCAUCGCUUUAUCUGAAUACCAGUCUAUCGAGCCUCAACGAGGCAUGGGUGUUUUACCAAGAAGAGCUUUAGAUGUCAAGCAACAUGAAGUAGUCCGAUUCUACAAAAUGGUUAAUGACUCGUUGAUUGAACCUGUUCAGUUCUUUGUUCCCAGAAGAGCAGAUACUUUCCAGGAUGAUAUCUACCCUGAAGCCAGAGCCGGUGAGCAUGCUCUGACGGCAGAGGAAUGGGCUUCGGGCAAGAACAGUGCACCCAAGGUUAUUUCAUUGGCUGAUGUGUUUGAUGGCAAGACCGGUUCCAGCUUCAUUCCCGAGAAGAAACCUGAACAGCCAGCUCCUAAAUCUGAGCCCAAAUCUGAGCCCAAAUCUGAGGCCAAGGAGGCACCCAAGGAGGAGCCUAAAGAGGAGCCCAAGCCUGCUGCUGUCAAAGAAGAACCCAAGACAGAGACUAAAGAGGUGUCUACCCCAGCCACCCCAUCUACACCACGUUCUAUCAAGCAAGAUGACACGGACAUUUUUGCAUCCAAGGAUGUGCAAAAGUUCCUUGCUAAAGACGCGGAGAAAGAAGACGAGGGUGAAAAGGAGGACGAAGACAGUGCAUGGAAAGACGAAGACGACAUUGUCAUUGUCAAGGACGACAAAAUUCCUUCCUCUUCUACCAAGUCUAAUGCUGUAGCUGAGGAGACUAAACCCGAACCCGCCACACCUACCAGCUCGACCCCUGUCGAUGACGAACCCAAACCUACUGAGACCAAGGAACCCGAGACCAAGGAGCCCGAGACCAAGAAACCCGAACCAACUGAGGCCACCACCAACGGCAAUGUUCACACACCUCUUCUUCCCAAGAGUCUCCACGAGACUCUUUCCCAGCACGGAGUGGACAAGACUGUUGAAGUUCUCGUCGACCACGUUACGAAGCUGACCACCACAGUCCAAUCGCUGCUCGCCGAUGUGGAAAAGAAACACUCGCACAUACAAUCCCUCGAGGCCAAGCUCGAACAGGCCCUUAAGAAAUAG